AUGAAUGCUAACAUCGUGCUUUGGACUAGACAGUGCUUAGCCUGCCGAAGAAACAAAGUCCAGCGCCACACGAUUUCCCCUCCGAGCACCGUUGCAGUUCCCGACGUUAGUUUUCACCACGUCCACCUAGACUUAGUCGGACCGUUACCUCAAUCGCGCGGAUUCACUCAUAUGCUGAUCGCUGUCGAUCGCUUCACACGAUGGCCCAUCGCCUUUCCCACCUCCAAUACCUCGGCAGAUAAUAUUGUAAUGGUUUUACUUACGCCCUGGAUAGCCAAUUUCGGUGUCCCAGCUACAAUCACGGCUGACCGCGGAAGUCAAUUUACUUCUGCGCUUUUCGAUAAAUUCACUAGACUGCUCGGGUGCGCGCAUAUCCCAACAACUGCAUAUCACCCAGUGUCCAACGGUCUCGUGGAGCGCCUCCAGCGUCAGCUCAAGUCUGCGCUGAUGUCUCACCCCGUCCCACACAACUGGAGCGACAAUAAUACAAACAUACAAUCAGAAAUACGCUCAGCUGUCAAGGAGGACAUUUAUUGCACCACCGUCGAACUCGUUUAUGGCACACCCAUUCUCCUGCCCGGUGAGCUCGUGUAG